AGCUGGAGAGCUACCACACGUGUGAGAGAGUGUCAACAUGGGGAAAAGAAGGCAGAAUAAACAGCUUUUUACGAAUUUAUCUAAAAAACAGAAGAAACAUUUGAAGGAGUUUGGAGAGGAGCAUCCUUUUCAUGACAUUGUUAAUGAGGGUCCUGAAAGAACUGAAAUAGUGGAACUGCCUGGAAGCCCAGAACACUCUGAUAAUGAACCUGAUGAGCUGGAGGAGGAAGAGGACGAUGAACCAGAGCAGAAAACAGCCUAUCAGAAACUUCUCUCCACCCUCAGCAAACCCGCGGAUAAUGAGCAGAGUGAAGAGGAGAGCAGUGAUGAUGAAGAGGAAGAUGACGAUGAACUUUUGGGUGAGGAAGGGGACAGUGAUGGAGCUGGUGAGGAUGAUGAAGAAGGGGAAGCUGGAGAGGAAGAGCCAGAUGAAGCAGAGGAGGCUCUGACUGAAGAGGUAGAAGAAGAUGAGAUGGUCGAGACAGAGGAGGCAGGAGGUGAAGAGUUUGAAGACAAGGAGAAUGAGUCCCAGUUCUGUCUGGAGACUAACUUCACGGAAGACGACGGAGGAGAAGAAAAUACUGAAAGAUCUACAGAGCAUGCAGACGGCAAAGACAUGUUUUCACAGCAUUUGGACACAGAACUCAGUGAGGAGGAUGUGCAGAAGAUAACAUCUGGCAGCAAAGCAAAGUCUCAGAUAACGUGGCCAAAAGUGGGCACAUUGAUCAGCACUAAUCCACUGGAGAAGUUUGGAUCCAUCAGCCAACAGAAAGACACAAAUCUCCCUGUCUUCCACAAGCUCUUGGAGUCAAACUGGAAGAAUCUGAACCAGAUCUCUGACCCUAAAAGGAUGACCGAGGAGGUCAGCUCACUGCAGCUUGAGCUGCUUGCUCUUAUGGGCUCCUACAAGGACCUCUACUACUCUGAGACCUGUCCUCUGAACCAGAGCCCUCAGGUCCGCAGUGCGUACUGCCUCCAUGUCCUCAACCACGUGCUAAAAGCAAACUCUCAGGUUCUGGCUCAUAACGCACAAAUAAGAGAGCAGAAAACGAAGACUAAACCUGGAGCUGAGCCUCAGGACGAACCCAGAGACCAAGGCCUGACCCGGCCAAAGGUCCUGAUUCUGGUCCCUUUCCGAGGCGGAGCUCUAAGAGUCGUCCAGACUCUCAUUAGCCUGCUGGAGACAAAAGGAAAGAAGAUCGUGGUGAACAACAAGAAGAGGUUCAAAGAAGAGUUUGGAGAGGAGGAAGAAGAUAAGUCGACCAACCUGCAGAGACCAGAUGAUUACCACGCUCUCUUUUCUGGCAACGUGGACGAUCACUUCAGGAUAGGUGUGUCCAUUGUGAGGAGCAGCAUGCGUCUCUACUCCCCCUUUUAUUCAUCAGACAUCAUCAUCGCCUCCCCGCUGGGCCUCCGUACGGUGCUGGGAGCAGAAGGAGAAAGUAAGAGAGAUUUUGACUUUCUCUCCUCCAUCGAGCUGCUGGUGCUGGACCAGGCAGAUGUCUUCCUCAUGCAGAACUGGGAACAUGUGUUGCACGUGAUGAAGCACAUGAACCUGCAGCCGCUGGACUCUCAUGGAGUGGACUUCUCCAGGGUGAGGAUGUGGAACCUGAACAACUGGGCCAGACACUACAGACAGACUCUGGUGUUCAGCUCCAUUCAGGACCCGCAGAUCAACAACAUCCUUACCAAGCACUGUGCCAACUACCGAGGACAGAUUGCCACAAAGAAUAUGCCACAAACCGGUUCUAUCAGCCAGGUGUUGGUGCAGCUGCCUCAUGUUUUUCAGAUGUUUCCAUCUGACAGCUUCAUGGACCAUGAUGCUCGGUUUCAGUUCUUUUUGGAUAAUGUAUUGCCUCAGUACAGGGACUCAGUAAUGUCCCACACUAUGAUCUACAUUCCUUCGUACUUCGACUUUGUCCGUUUGCGGAACUACAUGAGGAAAGAGGAGAUCAACUUUACCAGCAUCUGCGAGUAUUCCAGCAAGUCAGACGUGUCCAGAGCCAGACACUUCUUCCAGAAAGGGGACAAGCAGUUUUUGCUCUUCACUGAACGAUUCCACUUUUACAAGAGGUACACCAUUAAAGGGAUCCAGAACCUGAUAUUUUAUGGAUUACCCUCCUUCCCCCACUUCUACAGUGAGGUGUGUAACAUGCUAGCAGCAGGGGGUCAGGGGGAGGGUGCCAGCUGGACCUGUACUGCACUCUACUCCCGCUACGAUGCCCAGAAAUUAGCCGCCAUCACCGGAGCCCAGCGAGCCGGACAGAUGCUUCACUCUAACAAGCCUGUUCACCUUUUUAUAACAGGAGGGGAGGAAAAAGCCUCCUGAUGACACCUGUCAGACAUCUGAGUGCCUGGUUAUGCAUCACAACUCUUGAAAAAUGGAUUAUAAGUUUUCUUUUAUAUUGAAAUGAAAAAGACACUGAUGUGCUGUGAGUGGAAACCAACAAGAAACCUCAAGCCACAAUUGUGUGUCUAUUGUAAAACAAUGUUUUGUUUGGAGUGGGAUAACUGUGAUAAUAUGUUGUACAAGUAUGACUCAUUGGUCGAGUGUUUGCUUUAUUUUAGUGCGCUGUAUAAUUAUCAUAUCAUCUUCCUAUCAUAGGAUGAGAGUUCACUUUUGUAUCUAGACUUUUCCCUGAAAGUGAUCUUCAUGUUUGAAAUAAUGUCAGUUUUGUAUCAUAUUUUUGUAUGUAGGUCUACCAAAUAUAAGACUUUUUCAAGUUUG